UCUCCUUCUCCAUCUCUAUUGUACUUUGCAAAGUCUACUCCCCACACAUCCAACGGUUCAAAAACACAUUUUACUGGCACGUGGACAUGGCCUCGCCCCAACUACGUGAUCGAAUGAUCAAAAUUCUAAAAAAACAUCAAAAUGUCUUUAUUGGGGAACUCGUGGUGGUGCAAAUGCUUAUCGUCUACAACCUUAUUUACGUUUAUAACCGUACUGAAGAGUUUGUGUCCACUUUCAAUUGGAUAUACCAUCAUAAACCAGGAUUAGUGCAAUUUGGUCAGCAUUUAAUGAUGCUUGAUAUAUUUUUUAUGGGUUUACCAAUGAUGGCUGCCAUGUGGUAUGCUCAGUAUGUAUGUAUUUCUUUAGGGGCUCAAAUGUAUAUGCUGGAAGAUCAGUUGAGGUAUAUAAAAGUGACAAAAGAGGAGCUUGUAGGGAGUUAUGUGGCUAGUGAGGAGCGUCAGCAGUAUAUAAAGGAGUUUUUGAAGUUUUUUAUUAAGAGGCAUCAAUCUAUACUGAGUUAUGCCAAUUUUGUUAACAAGAUCAACUCUUUUUACAAUUUUUUUUACCUCUUAUGUGCUUUUUGCAUCUGGUUGAGUAUGGUUUUGAUAAUAUUCCGUAAAUAUGAUUUGUUCAUGACUAUAUCGGGUAAUGUCACUUUUUGGGCUAUUAUUACUAUCACCAUGAAUGAUUGCGAGACGUUUGAAGAUGCGAGCCGCCAGUUGUCUCAAGCCCUCUACAACAGCCCAUUCUACCUGUGGAACGAAAAAAACAUGAAAACUCUAAUGAUUGCCCAUCAAUACUUAUCUUCCAGGGUGAUCCAGGUCCCAAUGGUAUCAUUUAUAGUGGCCAAUAUGGGCGUGGUUAAAUGGUUUGCCAAGGCCAUGUAUUCAGCUUUUAAUAUAUAUCGAACUAUGAAUAGUAAAUAAACUGUGUUAUAUGAUGAAAUUAUAUUCUGGUGC